GUUGAUUCAGUCGCGUUGAGCGGUUCGUUUCGCAGCUCGGAAUUCGACUCGAAUUUCCCUUGUUGAAAUUAUUGUGUGUUGUGCAUACUCUUGGACAAUAUUUGAGUGUUCUGUCAGGUGUGCUGAAACAUUUCUGGCUUUUCAUGCUGGAAAAUUACAGUGUUAAUUAGACAUUAGGAGGGAAGAAAAAGACUUACAGAAAUCGAGGGGAGCAAGAAAAUCAAUUCCACUUGCUUGUGAAGCCACAAAAUUUGAACUCUUUCCAUAAGAAGUGAAUGGGAAUGAAGAAUAAGGGAUUACUACCAUCGAGGAAAGUCUACAACAGUAUUCUCCAUUUUUAUUGUGUAUCGAUAAAAAUCUGCGCAGAAUUGGGAUCGAGAAAUCACAAAGUGGCACCAAAAGAUCCAUCGAAGAAAAGUGUUAAAUAGGUGAACAUGCUGAAGUGCGGUGAGGAAUUCACCUGUGGAUGUUGAAUCAAGUGCAGUCAAGCUGAGUGAAGAAUCCCGCGGGAUCGCGCAAUUAAGAGUGUUGAGCAAGGCGUGGAGCUUCCUGGUACAAUAAAAGGCAGCUCGCCAUCGAGUUUUCCAUCUCACCAACUCACCGUUAAGUGGGAUGUUGUCUUCUCCUCUGGACUAUAAAAUUAAAAUAGGCACCUUCAGCCAGUCUAAGUGCCCUUUUCACAGAAUAACAUUACACCUCAGCGGCAAAUUGAGAGUGUGGUUUUGAUUUUUUACAGUGUCAAUUAGCGACACGAAGUAGACUGAUUAUCUGAAGUGUGGUGAAUUGGUUCGUACGGCAAUAUAAAGAGACUUGUUGGAUUGUGUGAUGGGGAAAAAGUGAAUCUCUGCUGGGGAAAAGAGGCCGAAAAAACAAGUAGAUUUUCUCUUCUGUGACUUACUAGAACAGCCAAGUGAGCGGAGGGGAGAGAAUAGUGUAUUAAUUUUCAUCGCAGAGUGUACAAGUCGCGCGCCAAAAAACGGUACCACCCAUUAAAAUACCAUCAUAAUCGACAAUCCAGCGUGGAUAGUAUAUGCAUUUGUCGUCUCACCGAUAAAACACAAUUACGCGACAGUGACCCAAUUUGCCGGUGUGCCUCGAGAGAAGAGUACGCGUUUUCCGUCCUAUGCGGAGUGCUAAUCAACACGGGGCGUGUUACACAGUUAGCUCGGCAGCACACAUUUAUUCAUCAGAUGCUCAUAGCUGAAGACCUGAACGGGCAAAUUCCCGCUUCGAUCCACCAGAGAGACGGCAUACAAAGCAGUGGCAGCAGUUAGGCCACGGACGUGAAGGCAUCUGCAAGUAUCACAAAUAUUUCACAACAUAUUCACUUGGCACUGUUGGUAGAUGACCAAGGAGAAAAUUGGGCUAUCUGAAUAGUAGGAUCGGAACAAUUGACGGAGACAAUUGGGCGCAUUGUGGAGAGAGUUUUGAAAGCACUCAAGCAUUCCGAUGUUGCUCUUUGAGGAGAAUCAAGCACAGACUAUCGGAAGUGGUACGAUGACGUCGAAUGCAAAUCACGAAGAUCGCGACGAGGUGGACUUUGUGCGGACAUAUGGCAGUGGUGAGAAGAAGACGACAACUGAUGUGAUACAUCACAGAAGCCUCCCACAAUUGCUGAAAGAGAUCACAGCCAAGGAUGAUGGGGAGAAGAGGAAAAUCAAGUCUCCACUAGAGAGACUGCCCAUCUUCAAGAGUCACGCGAAGAAGGGCACACAAUCCUGCGUCAAGGAUAGACCAAAGCAAAAGAACGGCACUUCGAUUGCCGCUCGCCUCCUGGGCAACACAUACAACACAGCCACGGCGACGACGAAGAAGCGAUCGUCGCUGAAGCGAUCACAGCCCGUGUCCAGGACCACCAACACCGAGCGCUUCCACAAGUGUGUCGACGUUGGGGGCUUCGAGGAGGACACGUACAGCAGCAUCGCGGGUCAUGCGGACCGUGACAUCAGCGCCAGGGCGCUGCGAUCGCUCACGAAGGGUCUGGGCAAGUUGCUGCGGCGGCGCACGGACAGCGUGAACAUCAGCACGCCAGAUCCCGAGUACAAAGUCUCCUACCUCGGCAACGUGCUCACCGGCUGGGCGAAAGGAGAAGGUUGCGUGGAGAAGCCCAUGUCGACGCUGUGGCGAAACUACGUGCAGCACUACAAGCCGGAGGUGGUGAUGAGGAUCAAGGUGUCCUCCUCGGGCCUGAAGGCCACCACGAAGCAGCACGGACUGACGGAGUACUGGAGUCACAGGAUCACGCACUGCUGCGCACCUGAGAACUUCCCGAAAGUCUUCUGCUGGAUCUAUCGUCACGAGGGCAGGAAGCUGAAGCACGAACUCCGCUGCCAUGCCGUGCUGUGCUCCAAAGAAUCCAUCGCCAGAGAUAUUUCUGUCACACUACAGAAUAACCUAUUCAAGGCCCUGAAGGAGUUUCGGCAGGACAAGAUUGCACGCCAAAAUGCCCGUCUCAGUUUGGCCAAUUCUGUGUACGACAAUCCCACGAUUCCGCGGCGGAAGAUGAUGCUGAGUGUGGGCGGAAAUAACUACCGGCCGCCGCUGGAGAGAUCCAAGUCUGCGCCGAAGUUGAUGGCCAUCGAGGAGGACAUUGACGAGGAGGAGAACGACAAUCAGACUGCCGCGGUGGAGGCGAGACCGUGCUGUCGCGAGGACUCGCUGUAUCCGGCGAUGACGCUGGGCAGGAGGCGGUGUCGCCGCGGACACUCAAUCCGACGCACUGGGCGCCGCGGCAUGAGCAUCAAGGCGCCCAUUCUGGAGGAGAACAACAACGACUGCACGGAGGAGGAGCUGAAUGGGAAGAUGGUGGAUGAGGCGAAGGUGGGAUUAGAUACCAAAAAUAGCUUUAAGUCACCCAAUGUGGGCAGCGACGAGGACUUUGACAAUCUGCUGGGCAGUGAGCCAUUGAUUGGAGAACUGAUGUCACUGUUUGAGAUGAAAUUGCGCCCACCGCCAAAGACACUCAGCCUGUCGGAUCUCCUGGACGCGGAGGAAGUGAAGGCGUCCAUUUCGCCAGUGCCGAUGAACAGGAGUCUGGAUGCGCUGGACAAGUAUUCAGACUCGGAGGAUGAGACGAGCUUCUUCAGUCAAAACGACAUUCUGGCAAUGUUGAGGAAGGAGUCAGUGAGCACGAGAUGCUCCAGUCAGAGUCACAAGCUCACGCCUGUGGCCGCUGGGGAGCCCGAUGAGCCGCAUCGCGGCGACAAGGCAUCUCCGCAGAGAUCACUGGAAUCUCCGCCAGCGAUGCUGCGACUGCCCGUGGGACUGAUGCAGCUGGACAGCGAUGAGGGCAGCAUCUCGAGUGGCUGCGAGACUGCGAGCACAGUCACGGCCAACACGGAUGAAAGUUCGAAGAAUGCGUCUCAGGAGGAGGACGUGGUGAUCCUCGAGCCUGUGGGUGAGAAGAACUCCUCCGCGUAUCGGCGCAGUGUCUCAUUCCCACCGGACAUGAAGUCCCUAGAUGCGAUCGACUCUGAUUCGGAAUUCAGCGAUGAAUCCGGCUUCAGUGACUUCCAGGAGAACUCCCUCAAGACCCGCAACAAGGCCAUCAUGGCCUAGGUUACCAUCUGUGAGGAGUUCGCAAUGAGCGUAGCGCGAGCGAUCAUCUCUGAGUUGCAUCGUAGAUGAAAUUUUUAAUGUAAUUGAAUUUGUAUUAUUGAUGUGAUAGUCUUAACAGUGGGGCUGACGACUCGCAAGGACGAGGUGAAAGAGAGAGAGAGAACCCUCUGUUAACGCUGUUAUCAUAAUAAUUGCAUGGGUAAUGUUUCCUGAUAUUCUUGUUAGACUGCUGCACGUUGUUAGUAAAAAAAAAAGUAUAGCAAACUUAUGUACCGUAGAUGUAUAAUGUUGAAUUGACCUUUUGGUGUUGUAGCUCAAGCGAAGAGGUGAAAUGUAUGCGGAUCACGGAGGGGAUCGAGACCAAAUAAUACACUGAAAAUAACUCAAAUUUCAAGCUAAUAUCAUGUAAGAUUGUUAUUAAAGAAAAUUGUUUUGGAGGAAAUUACACAACUUAAGUGAAUAAAUAGUUGUAUAUGAUAUAUAAUAUUGUACCUUCAACAAAGUGGAAUCUUGUAUUCAUACAAUAAAUUUUAUGUACCUAUGAUA